AUGGCAGCGGUUACUUCUCAAGUAGCCUUCCCCGCAGCCUACACAGCCGCGCCCUCCGCCCGCGCUGCAGCGUGCUCCGCGCGCGUUUCCCUCCGCACGCCUUCCUUCUCCGCGCAAGCCCUCCCCGCGGCGCGCGCAUUCCCCGCGCGGGCGGAGCGCGUCGUCGCCCCGCGCGCGGCGGUGGCGGAAGCGGGUAGCGAGGCGGCGGCUGAGGAGCCUAAGAAGGUGAAGGUGCUUUCCGUCAAGGAGGGCAAGCAACGGCUGCUCCUUAAAUUCGUCUGGCUCGAGAAGAACAUUGGGAUUGCAGUGGACCAGAUGAUUCCCGGGCAGGGCACUGUUCCGGUCAGCUCGUACAUGUUUUGGCCGCGCAAGGAUGCCUGGGAGGAGCUUAGGGAGCUGCUGGAGAGCAAGCCGUGGCUGCUGCGUGGGGGGCUGAGUGAAGCAGAGGUGGAAGAGGUGAAGAGCGAGCUUGCAGGGCUGCUGAGGAGAGGUGCUGCAAGUAUAUUUGGCAUGGAUGCAGCGUCAGGAGCAGCAGUGGCAGCGCUGCAGCUGUCCCCUUCAGACCACGUUCUCGACCUCUGUGCGGCCCCAGGUGCCAAGCUCUGCUUGAUCCUGGAUGAGCUCUCGCCCGCCCGGUGUACAGCUCGAGAUGCUGAUGUUGCUCUCAGCUCAGCGCCUCUCAGCACCAGCGCACCCACUGAAACUGGCACGGUAUCAGGCAGUACGCACGAUGCACUCACUGCAACCGGCACAAUAAAGGGCACAGUAACGGGCAGUACACCCAGUGCGCACACUGUAACCGGCACAGUGACAGCAGUUGACGUCUCUCCGGCUCGCCUGGCUGCGUGUCGCACGCUGCUACAGAAGCACCGGCUGACAGACAGGUGCCGGCUUUUCCUAGGGGAUGCCACUGCCUUCCUUCUUGGACCUCCCGUGGCUAAGGCAGGUAUGGAACUAGGAUUGGGAGUAGGAUCAGUAGGAGUGGGUUCAAUAGGAAUGGGAUUAGGUAGGGCAGCAGUGAAAGAAGGGGCGGUGGUGGAUGGUUGCAAUAGUGAGGGGAUAUUAGAGAGAAGGGAAGAGGAGGUAAGAGAGGAGCUGGAGGGAGUGGAGGGAGAAGAGAUGGAGGAAGGAGAGGAGAUGGAGGAGGUAGAGGAGAGAGCAGAGGGAGAGAAGAGAGGGGUGAGGGGACGAGAGCAGCAGGAGGGGGAGGGAGUGAGGAGGAGGAAGCGGACGAGGAAGGAGAGGAGGAGAGCAAAGCACCUCCGCAUGUUUGAGUCGGCUUGUCAGGACUCUGUAGCUGCUGCUGCUUCUUCUUCUGCUACAGCUGGUGUUGCUGCUGAAGUAGGCGGUGCUGCUGCUACAGCUGAUGCGGCUGCUACAACAACAGCAGCACCAUUGCUAGCAUCAGCACCAGAAUCGGGAGCAUCAGCAUUGGAAUGGCAGAGAGGGGAGCGGCCGGAACUGUUUUUUGUGGGGCGGACUGCUUGGCAGUGGUGGGACACGGGUGCUGGGUGCGGCAAGGAGGGCUACGAUAAGGUGAGUCAGUAA